GACAGUGCUGGGAAAUUCCCCUACAAAGGCCCCACUGACGCCUUUAGGUCCCGGAAACGGUCUGUACAAACGGUUGUUAGACUGGGCCAAGAUGUUGUCCUCCAGGAAUGGAACGGCUGUGAAAGAACACCCCUUAGUAUUCAACAGCGGAACUCGGUCAGAACACACGACGUUGCAAACAGUGACAACAACGCCUCUACCAACACCUAUUCCAACAACUACUAUGGAAGUUGAACCAACGGAAUUAGAAGUAACAGCUUCAACAGCCAUGGAAAAUACCCCUGCUACAGCCCAAUUGACAACGUUAUUUCCCCAAAAAGUUUCGAAAGCCAUGGAUGUCCCUACCCGAGCUUCCAUGACUGCUUUAGUCUCCGGAAAGGAUAUGUACAACCGGUUGCUGGGCAUGGUGAAGCUGUUGAACAAUGGAAGAGGACAAUCCUUAAUAGUCAAUCGUGUAACUAAACCAGAAUACACGACGUUGCAAACCGUGUCAACAACGUCUCUACCAACACCUAUUCCAACAACUACCAUGGAAGUUGAACCAACGGAAUUUAAAGAUAGAGUAACGACAACAACAAGCGCAACUCUCACCUCAUCUCCUGCAGCUAGAGCAGCGGAAGAGCCCCAACGGUCGGAGAAAGUUUCGAGAGUCAUCGAUGUCCCCACACCAGCUUCUUUGACAACCUUUGUCCCAAGAAACGCCCUGUACAGCCGGCUGCGAGGCAUGGUUAAACAGCUGUCCUCCAGGAACCAAGCCGAUGCCAACAAACCUCCCUUAGUAUUUAAAACCCAAACUCAAGCAGAAUACACGACGUUGCAAACCGUGUCAACAACGUCUCUACCAACACCUAUUCCAACAACUACCAUGGAAGUUGAACCAACGGAAUUUGAAGAUAGAGUAACGACAACACCAAGCGCAACUCACACCUCAUCUCCUGCAGCUAGAGCGGCGGAAGAGCCCCAACGGUCGGAGAAAGUUUCGAGAGUCAUCGAUGCCCCCACACCAGCUUCUUUGACAACCUUUGUCCCCAGAAACGCCCUGUACAGCCGGCUGCUAGGCAUGGUUAAACAGCUGUCCACUAGGAGCCGAGCCGAUGCCAACAAACAUCCCUUAGUAUUUAAAACCCAAACUCAAGCAGAUCGAUUAACAACAGAAUCAAUGGCUGCAUUCACUACAACACCGGAUACAGCAGGUGAAGAACCUGGUCGGGCAGAGGAAGUUUCGACAGCCAUGGAUGUUCCCACUCCAGCUCCUGUCACAACCCCAGUCCCCGGAACUGGUCUGUACAGUCGGCUGCGCGACAUGGUCAAACUAUUGUCCUUUAGGAACAGAAUACCCUUAAACGGACAUCCAGUGGUAUUCCAAAGUGGAACUGCAUCAGAACCCACUACGUUGCCAACCGUGUCAACAACGUCUCCACCAACACCUAUUCCAACAACUACCAUGGAAUUUCAACCAACGGAAUUAGAAGAUAUAGUAACGACAUCAACACCAGCUCCUACAACUACAUUCCCAGCUGCAGCAGAGACUGAAGAGUCUGGAAGAGUAGAUGAAGUUGCUACAGCCGUGAAUACCCCUACAACAAAUCCCUUAACUAUGGCGGUCUCUGAAGGUCAACAAGGGUUGUACAAUCGGUUGCUUGGGGUGGUCAAGAUGUUGUCGAUGAGGAAAGGAGUAUUUACGAAUGGUCAUCCUGUAGUACACCAAGAAACUACACCUCCGACUACAACUACAACAACAACAACAUCACCAGCGACAGAAGAGAUUGAAGAAGCUGCAGUGCCUACAUCAACGACCCUUGCUCCAGUAACGGUCGUGGAAGGUGGCCAGGGCGUGUACAGCAGGCUGAUUCGUGUGUUCAAGAUGUUGUCAGCCAGAACAACCAACAGAAGCAAUCAAGGGCAUGCCAUGCUACCGGCAAUGACCCCACCAGAAACUACAGUACCAACCUCUACUCCAACAAUGACGGAAGAAGUGGAACUAGAAGAUAUUACAACGGCACCAUCUUCAAUAUCUGCAACAUCACCCGCCUUUGAAUAUGAAACAACAACAACGACGACGGAAGAGGCCGAGGAAGCAGAGGAAGAACCGUCAUCCACGACCAUCGCUCCGGUAACGACAAAGGCCGUGGGAAGUGACCAGGGCGUGUAUAGCAGAUUGAUUCAUGUGUACAAUAUACUGACAUCCAGAACGAAAAACAGAAGCAGUCAAGCCGCCACAACGACAUCACUUCCAACUACAACUACUACAACAGAAGAGCCCGGGGAAGCCGAGGAAGAAGAGGAAGCUGGCGGCUCCGAGGAGUAUGAAUAUGAAUAUUGAUCUCCUCUGAAGAUACUUCAUAACAAGGGAACUAUAUUGACUUCAACACCCUGUCAAUGUGAACAUAGUCUGUGCUAUAAGGGUUAAUGUUAUGUGUCCAUUGGUAUUUGUGAUCGGUUUAAGGGAGGAGGUUGAAGGGUUAAUCGUUUCGUCUUAUGGCCAUACAGUAAUUUAUUUUUAACAUUUUAUUCACUUAAGUGACAUGGAUUGGGGACAAGUUCCUAGAAAUUAGAAAACUCCCUUCCAUAGACAUAUGAUAAAACUUACAAAGAAAUAGAGAAUGGGAAAGAUGGGCGCAAUGAGGUUGAAAGUUACACAAAUCGUUUUGUCGUAUCUACAUAGUGAUGUGGCGCUUUAAAUAUCAGCAUAUUGUUCUUUGUGGUCAGAUCAGAAAUGCUGUAUAGGAGAAUCGGUAAAGUAAUGAACCCUCCACGAUCAACAAUAUCGUUAAUAUAUGUGAAAAACGUUUUUAUUUGUUGAUUCAAGCGUAAACAUUUAAGUAAAUACGAAUUUUCCCGUGAAUUUUAAAUAGCACAUAGCCGGUUGGUUUCAUGAAAUAUUCUGUAUAAAUCAUAAUUUAGUCAACACCAUUCAUUUCAUGCAUAAUAUUAAUUAAGUUAUUUCAUCCAUAUCUAAACACCACAGACGUUGCAAUAUCUAUUGUAAUUUAUUUUUGUAUUGAGCAAGAGGUAAUUGUCACUCUCUACAAACUGUAGUCGCUCCUUUUACAAUUUAUAGACAUGAAUUGGAAGAAUGUUGUUUUAUGAUACGAUUGUACAUUCCUAAUUCAUUAAUGGUAUUUUAUGAGAUUUGUGUUUCGUGUUUGUGAGUGUGUGAUCAGAAACCGUGUAUCUAAAAGCUUUAAUAAAUGUAUGACACCGUGUAA